AUCAGGUCAUGUUUGGUACUCAGGUGGUAGAGAAGCAAUCAUAUAGAUUCCAAGGCUCAGAACAGUUUGUUGCAAUACUGAGAGAAAACAGUUCAUAGGAGAAAGGGGCAAGGAAAUAGACACUUUGAACCUGCACACAUAGAAGUUUGUUGUCCAGUCUCAGUGUAAUUCCUCUGUAAUGCUGCUGCUCUGCCUUACUGUCCUCUGCCUCAUUGGCAGCUCUUUCUGUGCUGUUGUCCCACCACGCGACACUUCAGGAUCUGGGUCCACCAGGAACAAGCUGCUCCUCAUCUCCUUCGACGGUUUCCGCUGGGACUACGACCGAGAUGUGGACACCCCUAACCUGGAUAAGAUGGCCCAGGACGGGACGAAAGCAGAAUACGUCACACCACCUUUCCUCACCAUCACCAGCCCCACACACUUUACCUUGCUUACAGGACGUUACAUCGAGAAUCACGGAGUAAUCCACAACAUGUGGUUCAACACUACCACUCAGGAGAAGAAGCAGUACUACAUGACUCAGUUUGUUGAUUCCUACUGGGACAAUGGCAGCUUACCCAUCUGGAUAACAGCACAAAGACAGGGUCUAAAAGCAGGGUCUCUGCAUUUCCCUGGCACAGCAGCCACCUACAAAGGAGAGACUGUGAGAGUUAGGCAAGUGGAACCUCGUUUCUAUGAUCAUUCUAAUGAAACAGAAUGGAGGCUGAACAUCGACAAGGUGAUUGGGGAGUGGUUCCACCAACAGGACCUGGACUUUGUCUCCUUGUACUUCGGGGAACCAGACAAGACUGGGCACAAAUAUGGACCAGAUUCCCCAGAACGCCGUGCAAUGGUCCAGCAAGUGGACCGUACUGUGGGCUACAUCCGGGACAAGAUCCAAGACCAUGGCCUUACUGACCAGCUCAACAUUAUCAUCACUGCCGACCACGGGAUGACUACAGUUCUACGGGAUGGACUGGUUGAGGAGAUCAUCCUCUCUAAGAUUCCUGGCUUCGACUUCAGGGAUAUCAAGUUUCAUCUGGUAGAUUAUGGUCCCACUGGGAUGCUGCUUCCUAAAGAGGGGAAGCUGGAGAAGGUCUACCAGGCUCUGAAAGGAAGCCAUCCUCACCUUCAUGUGUAUAAAAAGGAGGAGAUGCCAGCUAGACUGCACUACAGUAGCCACCCUCGACUUCUGCCCAUCAUCCUCUUUGCUGAUCCUGGAUAUGUAAUCAAUGGGUUCUUCCCUGUGCAGUUCAACAAAGGAGAGCAUGGCUUUGACAAUCAUGUGAUGGACAUGAAGCCAUUCUUCAGGGUGGUGGGGCCCGAUUUCCAGAAGAACCUGGUGUUCAGGCCCUUUGAGACAGUCAACGUGUACCCACUGAUGUGCCAUCUUCUAGGGAUAAACCCAGAGAUGAACGAUGGACACUUGGAUAAUACCAAAGGCAUGCUGGUCCCCAAGAAAAACACAGACGGAAACAACAAUAAUCCAGAGAUGAAUACCCAGCUCAAAGUUGUUAUCGGCUUAUCAGCAGUGACUGGGUUUCUGGUACUGGUGUUCAUAGUGACCACCUCCUAUGCUUGGUGUAAAAGGAGCAGAGCAGAAAUCAGUUACAAACCCGAACAAGCUGCUGAUGAAGACAGGACAGACAUGAAGCAAAGCAGAUUUUGAAAAUUCAGAUUUAUGUUUGUGUUCUUUCCUCAGUCUUCUCCUAUUUCAAGGCAUAAUUUUCCAUUAAUUACAAACAUUAAAUUAUAGUAUCAAAGGAUACUGUGACUAAUUAUUACCAAGUCCAUGGAGGUAAUGCCAUGGUUUGUUUGUUGGUUGGAAGGAUAUCUGAAUUAGGCAUUGGCCAUGAAACAAGUAGUUUAUUUGUGGUGUGGACCAAAGAAUUUCAAGCAUUCAGCUAUUUUCUCAGGAAUGAAUAAGUGUUGCAAAUGUAUUCCAAGACUGUCACUGUGUAUUCUUUCAUCAAGAUCACAAUACAGAUGCAGAUUAAAAAUGUCCCAACAUUUUUGAAGUGUGUAAA